AAGACCUAUUCGACGACUUAGUUCAGCAACUCAUUUCAAACGAGUACAAAAUCGAAAUCAUGAGGGUCCAAGUGAACUUUGGCUUGCUUGUUCACCUGGAGAUCCAAAUGCUCAAUCACUUACAUUAGAUAAAAUAAGUUCUGAUGAAUUAUGCGAACCUCCAGUAACCAUGCCGGAUAUGUUAGCUGCUCUUGUUACACAAAAAUCAACCGUAGGUGAAAAUGAAUUGGCAAAAUAUCAAAAAUUUACUCAAGAAUUUGGCCAAGAAGCUAAAUCGCUUGCUGCUGAAUGUAAAGCAACAUUGAUUUCUGUAAAUGCAUGGGAAUGUCAGUCAAAAUGUCUUAAUUACAAUGAAAAAUGUAUUAAAUAUUUAUUUGAAUUAGCUUGUGAGAGACAACCAUGUAUUUUAUUUAUUGAUGAUAUUGAUGGUUUGCCUGGACAACCUUAUGAUUCCGAUUUAGAAUUAUGUCAACGUAUAAAAAAAAGAAUUUCUAAUUCAAAUGAAACUUAUUCUAAUGCUGAUAUUAUAAUUGUUUGUCGUGAAGCAUCAUUCAGAGCUCUUCAUCAACUCAUUUCAGCAACACAUUUCAAACGAAUUCCAAAUUUGAAAUGGAAUGAUCCUCGUAAAUUUUGGUUCGCUUGUUCACUUGAAGAUCCAAAUGCUGAAGUAAUGACAAUAGAUAAAAUAGAAGCUAAUGAAUUGUAUAUACCUCGAAUACUCGUGAUUAAUAGUUAUGAAAAUUUUUAA